UGGGCUGAUGGGCCGUCAUUGCUGUUGGGCUUGUUUAGUACGCACCCCAUCAACAGCAAACCAGCUCACAAAAUACUAAUAAUAGAAAUUAUAAUUUGUUUCGGUGAAUUCUAGUGAUUAAGUCACACGAAUGCAUAACGAGAAAACCUGGAUGUAGUGAGAUGAAUGCUGCGUCUCCUUUUGGUAUGCAGACUGAGAUUUCUGGGAUGGCAGCAUGACCUAUCCGGCGGGGCUUUCAGAGAAUUGGUAGCAACAAUUUGGCAAUUAAAGUAGAUAUUUAUUCGACGAAGAUCAACUACUUCCAUUUUUGCAACGAAACACACUCUACUCUCCUAUCCCCUCUCCGUAGCUUCUAUUGUACCGUAUUUUUUUUUUAAUUUCUUUUUUCCCAAAAUAUUGAUGUAAAUAAUUAAUUAUCGGAAGGCGAAAGAUAAUUUAAAAAGCCCUAAACUGAUAAGGGAUAAAUUAGGAUAAGGAAGAGCGGCUGAGGAGAAAUAGAUAUGGAGAAGUACUUCGGAAACGCUUAUCGGGGCGACCCGGGAGUUCCUCACGCUGAUCCGGAAAGGUUCGUGAACAUAUGGAUCGGGUCCGCCGCCUUCUCCGCCCUUACCUGGAUUAACCCUUACAUGUGGACUCUCUCCAACCAAUUCAAUUGGCAUGACAAAGCAAUGCUUUUUGAACAAUAUCACUGGAAGAAAGCGCGUGCCAAGAAUCAACCAUAUCAAUUCCAGUGGAAUCAAAUGGACAAAAAAGUGCGAGACUCAUACUACUUCAAUUGGCCUGUCUACUUCCCAUAGUCUUCUUCAGCACCAGAAGCCUUCUUCUUUUACUGGAGAUUACUAUCUUAGAGAAGUAGGCAUAAAAAUUUCCCUCCCUUCAAAAGAAUACAACUGUAGUCCGGAUCGUUGUCUUCAUGUCUUGUUAAAUUCCCUUUUUGAACCAAAUUCUUAUUUGGUGUCUGGUUAUGGUUCCAUCAACUUUAUGCUACAUUCAAUCUUUAGCCAUGAAUAUUACAACCUGGAUUCUAUA